GAAGAACCUGCAGAAGGAGUGUCCUGGACGCUGUGAAACGAGGGAAAAAGAAGUCUUUCAACCACGUUUUAUUUCACACCAGCUGCUGUCAGAAGGCACAUCUGCAGAAGGUUUGACAUCGACUCCGGUGGAUUCUUCAGUCUGAGGACAUCUUUUAAUAGAACUUGGGAUCAUGAGCCGUCUAAAGGAGGCCGUUGUGGGCUUCGCACUGGGAGCAGUGGGAGGCUGCAUACUGGGAGCCACAGAGGACCCAGUGGACCAGAGCGUGUCGGUGCUGACUGCAGCUAGUCCACUGAAACCGCUGAUAGAGGAGGUCCGGACGGUGGGAGCGCUGGGACUCGGCACCCUGAUGGGAGCUGCUUCCCUGACGGUGGCGAUGACGUCAGCGAUAGCCGGAGUGAUCCUGGCAGCGACGGUAGCUUCAGUAUUUGUGGCCAUGAGGAGCUGUGGCUCCUCCCACACGCCCUCUGCUGGUCUGUGGGCGUCAGCAGGACUCGCUGCCGCCUUCGGUACGACGCUUAGCGGCGCUACGUUCGGCCGAGUGAUGGAAUGGAUCGUACAGAGUUACGGCAUGGUGGGCCUCCUGUGGGCUCUGAGCAUCUUCACCGUGCUCAAACCGCCGCUACGCUUUCUGUUCCAGCUGCUCUGGAAGCAGGGAAUGGCCUGCUGCACUGUGGGAGAUGAAGUCUGGGCCCGAGACAGGACUCACAUCGAGGCCGCAGACCUGCAGCAGAGACUGAGGAUGGCUGUUCAGAUAGAGCAGAAGAUCCAGAUUCUGGAGAAAGGGGGCAACGCCGACGGGUCGGAGCACCAGAGGACCUGGGCCGCCGAGCGCCGGGAGAGGGAGGGCAUCGAGAGGAGGAAGAUGGAGAGUGAGGAGGCAGAGAUGGAGCAGAGAACCAUCCAGGACUGGAUCAACACUGUGCUGAUCAAACACGUGGACUUCAUGGCGUUCUCAGGGAUACCCAUGACUGUGGUUGCCAUAGUAACGUCAGGGUUUGGGUUGUUCGGCUACGGAGGCCAUCAGUCCGUGCUCAUUGUGCUGCUGGCUUUAGUGGCAGUCAUCGCCUAUUAUCUCCUGAAAUCUCCAGACUUUAAGUUCUGGAUGUUGGUCGGAUGCAUGGGAAUGAUCGCCACGUUCGUCAUCGCCAUGCUGACGCUGCACGCCGGUCAGCUGGUCGUCACUGCUUCCAUGAAGAUAAAGGUGCUGGCCCAGAAACCGUCCAGGGAAGAAAUCAGCGCUCGCAUGAACCAGCAGUCCUCUGUGGAAGCUCUGAACGCAGCCUGCUUUGUGGCCAGACUCUGCCAACUGGGUCUGGGGGCAACAGUGGGGGGUGCUCUGGUGCGGCGGGGGGCGGUGCAGGUGAAGGUCACUGUGGGGGCAGCUGUGAUGGCGGCAGCUUUACUGGUUGGGGUGGAAGUCUUAGCCCCGGCCCUGGGAGAAGGGGGUCGAGCUGGGGCUCUGCUGGGCGUGGUGGCAGCAGCUGGGGUAUCAGUGGGGGCAGCAGCAGCAGCAGCUGGAGGGUGGAGCUCAUGGCCGGGAACUCUGGGAAAUGUAGGAGGGUUGGUUUUAGGAGCUGCAGGGAUGGGAAGGUGGCACUUAGUCAACAUUGGACUGCAGCUGCCAGUGGGAUACGUGUUUGCAAUGAUCAACCCAUUUUAACCUACAGUAACUCUAUAGUACUGCAACACUGCAGGGUACUGUAAUACUGUACUGUAAUACUGCACUGUACCUUAAAACUCGAAAGCAAUACUGUACUGUUGUACCAUACUGUGAUGCACUACAAGUGUACUGUAAAACUGUACUGUGCUAUUGUAUCAUACUGUGCUGUAGUAUUGCACUGUACUACUGUAUACUGCAGUACUGUUUAAAUGUAAAAACUUUCAGAACUGUCAGUUGUGCAGCUGUCAGAAAUAAGUAGCUGCAGAAAAACAGACACUGAAAAGACUUCUGAGAACUUCCAAACCCUAAAGCUACGAACCCUAACCCAACCCUAACUGUAACCCUAAACCUACUAGCCCUCCUGCCCUAACCCUACAAACCCUAACCCAACUAUAAUUGGGUUAGGGAUAGGGUUAGUAAUCCUAGCCCCAAACCCAACCCUAACUUGACCCUAACCAUAACCAUAACCCCAGCCCAAACCCAACCCUACUAACCUUAACUGAACCCUACUAAGCCAACUAACCCGGAACCUACUAAUCCUAAUCCUACUAACCCUAACCCAGUCCAACCAACCAGAACCCAACCAGAACCCAACUAACGACUCUUCAGCAUUGUUUUGUUUUGUUGCUUUAGUGCAACAUUGAUCUCCUGUUUCACUUGUUGUCAUGAUCUGUUAUAUUAAACAUGACAUUUAUUGCAAUGUCUGUCAUCCA